CAUUCAUUGUAAUGCCGCAAAAUUGGAUUAAAAGUCGCCAGACCGUUAUACAAGUUAUUUGAAUAGAUUCUACUUUCCAUUAUUGUGAUUUCACUUUAAGCUUUGAGAUUUAAAUCAAAAUAUGUUAUUUAUUGUGAUUUUAGUUUUAAAAUCAUUGUUUUGUAUUACUGAGAGUUCUUUGAAGACGUUUCAAAAUGCGACUACAUACGAGUUAGGGGAUCAUACAGUAGUGUCCAGCAGUAAUGUGUUUCCUUACGUGGCGGCCAUUUUGAAUAAAUCCAAAUACUUGUGCGCAGGAGCACUUAUAGACGAGUCUUGGGUACUGACGGUUGCGGAUUCAGUGUUCUUAUUCCGCGAUUCUCUCCGUCUCAUCCACGUUCGCCUCGGAAGCAUCAACAAUAAGCAAGGUGGUAAACUAAUGCCGAUAAAGCUGAUAGAAUUCCACCCUUUUUUCGAUGACCAGAAGCCUGAGUUUGACAUAGCACUCAUCCAGCUGGGUCAGCGAGUGAGAUUGACGGCCAAUCUGAACCCUAUCAGGUUGCAGAGGAAAAGGAAAAAUGUUAUGGCUACGCAUUUUAUAGUUACUGCUUGGUCUAUGCAGCACACCAGUUCAGCAGAGCUGUACAAAAUGGCGUCGAUGCAAGAUAUACAGCGACGGCGCAUGCUACGGGUAGCUCAUCUGCAUCCGUCGAAGAAACAACAGUGUGACGAGGUGCUGGACGAGCUCGGGUUUUUGAAGAGUAAUAUCAUGUGUCUGGAUCCGACGAUGACGGGCGGGACAGAUCCGUGCUCGAGAGACGUCGGUGCCCCAGUGGUCCUAAACGGGAUCCUAUGGGGCGUUUUAUCUUCGUGGGUACCAGAAGACUGUGACCUUCUGCCGGGGCCUACCUUCGUUGUGUUGACGUCAGCACCCAACAUCACUUCUUGGAUACACGCCACGCUGCGUGGCAUCAAGUGGCAUAAGUGGACGAUUUUUGACACAGAUUAUGAGGAGUAUGAGGAUGAUGAUUGAGCAGUGAUAAAUUGAUUGAUGAGGGUGGAAUCAAACCUAUAAGCUUUCUGAAGCCUGAGCAGAAAUAUAUGGCAACGCGCCAUCUUGUGAAAUUUGAUUAAAACUAUUUUCUUCAUACUAUACUGAACUG